UCUUUCGCUUACGGCCAUACCACCCUGGGUACGCUAGAGGGAGUUAGUGUGCAAACAGGAAGUGAAAGGCUGCAGACGGGAGAGAAAGGCUCUCCCUUUCUUUUGUUGUUUUAUUUAGUUUUUUGGGUGUUUAAUAUAGUUUAAGGAGUUAUUAUUUUUAUUUUUGGAGUUUAAACCACCUGACAGCAGCACAUGUGCUAGCUGGAAGGUGGUUAUUCACCUUUUUUGCUUGGAUUUUUUUGGGACAAUGGAAAGCACAAAGGACAAAUUCACUGGACUUUCGGGGAAAACAAGAGGAGAAAAUAACACAGAGAUGGAUGGUGAAAAGCAAAGAGGAGACGACACGGGAGUACGAGAGGGAAAACAGAUGGGAAACAACACAGCACGAGGAGGAGAAACAAACAUGGCUAACAUGGAACGACAAGAAAAUCAGCAACAGGAAAGACAACAUGAAAGGAGAGGAAAGAAGUACUUGAAGGAAGCAACUGUAAUACUAAACGUGGACAAAGUAAAAGAGGUGAGAGUUUCAGACAUUAUUAAGGCGUUAACAGAAAAAUGUGGACAUGGGAAAAUUUUGGCAAUAAGACCGAGAAAGGACAAAGAAUAUGAAAUAACUUUAGAAGAGGAAGAAACUUGUGACAAACUGAUUGAUGGACUAACAAUAAAUGAAGAGAACUGUGAAGUUAAAAUGUUACAAAACAGAGACUAUGUUGUCUCCUUUAUGCACUUGCCUGUUUAUCUGGAGGAUAGUUUAAUAAUAGAAAAAUUGGAUGGAUGGGGUGUUAGCCCCUUAUCAAAAAUUAAAAGGAGGACAUAUCCGGGCACUGAGAUUGAGGAUGGGACAAGGUUCAUUAAGACACGGUUUCCCAAGGAGGUGGCUUCGCUUCCAUUUAGCACGAAGUUUGAAAUGGCAGAAGGACCACAAUAUUUCCGGGUGAUGCACAGCCACCAAGUUAAGACUUGUAGGCUGUGUAUGAGCCCGGAGGAUGUGAUGAAGGACUGCCCAGACUUUAGGUGCUUUAAGUGCGAAGAAAGAGGACAUUUUGCAAGAAACUGUGAUGCAAUCAAAUGCCCGGAAUGCCUCCAAAUUUUAGCAAAAUGUGAAUGUUGGAUGGAGGCAGAGGAAGGAGAAGAGAGAAACCAGAUAAGCAGGCAAAUGCAUAAAGUAAAAAAUGUAGAACAAAAUGAAGGAGAAGAACAAGCAGUUUUACAACCAAAAGACUUACUGAAAGAGAUACAAAAUGGAAAAGAAAUUCAAGAGGAUAAGAAAAUGCAUAAGAGGAAUAAUGAAGAUGACAUUUUUUGUGAAGAAAGACAUGAAAAAGAGAGAGGAAAAAUGCAAAAUGAAGCAAAUGAAAGACUGAUAUUGGAAGAAAGGGAGAGGCAAACGCUUUUCAAAGAAACUGAAAAAAGAGAAGAAGAGGAUAAUAAAAACAUAGAAAUGGAAACAAUGGACAAUUCUCAGAUGUGUGGAGACAAUGAGGUGAAGACUGGACAAAGAAAUGAAGAAAAAAGUAAUGAAAUUGGAAGAGAAGAAGAAAUUAAAAUGGACAGAGAGGAGAGAAGAACAAUUCGAAGAAGGACAUUAAAGAUUAAACCUAAUCUAGAAAGUACAAAGAGAAAAUUGACUACAAGAAUGAAAAACAUGAACAGAUAUGAAGUGUUAAAGGAAAUGGAGGGAGAUGAUGAGUAAUAAUGAUUUUUAGGUUUUUAAUUUUAUUUUUAUUUCUUUUAAUGGUUUUAAAAUGUGUAUCUUUUAAUGCAAGAGGUAUGAUGGAAAAAGGGAAAUUUGAGAAAAUAAGAGAAAAAUGUAAAAAUAAGGACAUGAUAGUAUUACAAGAAACAAACUGGAAAGAUUAUGUAAUGGAAGAUUUUAAAAAGAAGUGGGAGGGGGAUAUCUUAUAUAACAAUGGUGAUGGCAAAU